AUGGUUCUACUGACACGUGGUCCAACCUCACCCAUUGAAAGAAAUGAAUCUUCAGUGUCACCUUCUGAAGUCAAUCAAGAUGGCAGAAACUCUGUUUUGCCAGCUGUAAACUCCCAGUCUAUUAUUGACGACAAAAAUUCAACAAAAGAACAAGAAUCUGGGUCUCCAACUGGUGACUACUCUGGUACCGAUUCAGGUGACGGUUUCAAGCCCUCAUCUAGUUCGUCUUCAUCCUCAAAUAGUUCCUCCAGUUCAAGUAGUUCAUCUAGUGAUAGUAGCUCUGAGAAUGAAGCUGUUGAUAACCAAGAGCCAACAUCAUCAAAAAAAAGGGGCCGAAGAAAGACUUAUGUGAUCAAUGCGUUGCAUAUGAAAAUGCACCAGCUCAAGAAAAAGAAAAAUUGUACGCCAGCUACAAGGUUCACCAAGAAGAAAAGAGCUUGA